UACAAGUUGAUGGAUCUUUGGAUUGUAAGCUGUGGACUUAUAGGUAUUAUUUACGUGGUUCUAACAAUAUUCAAAUGGAGGAAAGGCAGAUAUUUAAGUCAUCUGCCAAGCUGGCCGUAUUUGCCCUUACUGGGUAAUAUGCAUCUUUUGUUAGGCAGUAAGGAGCACAUCUUCCGACAACUCUUGCAAAUUACUGAUGCGAUGGAAAAAUCUGGGUUACCUUUCGUCUUUUGGGUUGGAAAUUAUCCGGCUUUAGUCAUAUCAGAUCCUGAUGAGGCGAAAUUGGCAUCCAACGCUUGCAUAGAGAAGCCACAUCAGUACAGUUUUGCUCGGGAGUGGCUAGGAAACGGGCUGGUAACAGCUCCGGGACACAUUUGGAAGAAAAACAUAAAGAUGAUGGCUGGAGCCUUCUCGAGCCAAGUUGUAAGCAAUUACCAGGCAAUCUUUAACGAGCAAGCCAAAAAGUUGGUUGAGAUGAUGAAGACCAAGAUUGACAGGGGACCCUUUGAUGCCAAGCAGAUCAUAGCACACGCUACCCUUGAAGCUAUUUGUCAGACGGCGUUAGGUAUACCAGAUAUAUCGAAGAGUAUUGCAACGAAGGAAUACUAUGACGCGUUCACUAAAACCCUCGAGAAACUUAUAGAACGAGGAUUGAAUAUUUUCUUACACCCACAGUUUAUAUACAGAAGUACAAAAGCAUACAAGGAAUAUAUGAAGCAUGUAAUGGUUUUACGAAAUGUAUCUGGAAAAGUGCUAAGAAAACUAGACUUAAAUGAAAAAGAUACAGAAGUUAGGAAGUCUAAUGAAAAUGAUUUAUCUGGGCCUAGAGUUAAAUCAUUUUUAGAUAUUUUACAUAACCUAAGUAAAAGUAAUGCUAACAUGACUGAAGAGGAAAUCAAAUCAGAAGUUAACACAAUAAUAUUCGCUGGUCAAGAAACAGUAGCUACAACCUUGCAUUUCAUAUUCAUUAUGAUUGGUAGCAGAGAAGAUGUCCAGAAGAAGCUGUAUAAAGAGAUCAAAGAAAUAUUUGGUGAUACAAAACGUGAUGUUAAUAGAGAAGAUCUAGAGGAGAUGGUAUAUUGCGAAGGAGUUAUCAACGAGACCUUGCGACUGUAUCCAUCCGUACCUGUAGUGUUGAGAAAAGUGGAUACAGACAUACAACUAAGGGACUGUCUGCUACCUAAAGGUUCGUUCUUUGUUUUGAACAUGUGGGCGUCCGGUCGAUUGAAGCGGCUUUGGGGUCCAGAUGUUCUAGAUUUUCGACCUGAACGCUGGAGAGAGCCAACACCUCCCAUACUCGCGUUUAGUAUUGGGAAGAGAGCAUGUAUUGGAAAACGAUACGCUAUGCAAAUAUUAAAAACAAUUCUGGCGUACUGCAUUCAGGAUUUGAUUUUCAAGUCGGACCCAGAAGAAUUGAAAUUGAAAAUAGAUGUCACAUUGCGAACGCACGCAGGAGAUCUAAUACAAGUUGGACUAAGAAAUUCCAAAUGA